AUGGCCUGGGAAGAACCUCGAAAGACCGGGAUGGCCUACAGAAGGCUAGGCAAUUCGGGUUUGCAUGUGUCCGUACUUGGGUUGGGAGGAUGGCUCACCUUCGGCGGGCAGCUUGAGAAUGAGGGCACCUUUGCGUGCAUGAAGCAGGCUUAUGACCUGGGCAUCAACUUCUUCGACACGGCUGAGAGCUACGCCGGGGGCCAGUCCGAGGUGGCGAUGGGCCAGGCGAUCAAGAAGUUUGGAUGGAAGCGCAAUGACAUUGUCGUGAGCACAAAACUCAACUGGGGAGGGGCCAACGGGGAGGUGCUCGUCAACAACCAUGGCCUGUCACGCAAGCACAUCAUCGAGGGCCUCGGGGCGUCGCUCAAACGUCUGGAUCUCGAGUAUGUCGACAUUGUCUACGCCCACCGGCCGGACCGUCUGACGCCGAUGGAGGAGACCGUGCGGGCCUUCAACCACGUCAUCGACCAGAAGGGAUGGGCGAUGUACUGGGGCACCAGCGAGUGGUCGGCGGAUGAGAUCGCAGAGGCGUGCGGGAUUGCGAAGCAGCUGGGACUCAUCGCGCCGGUGGUGGAGCAGCCUUUCUACAACAUGCUUUCGAGGAAGAAGGUGGAGGGCGAGUUCCAGCGGCUCUACAGGCGGUUCGGCAUUGGCCUGACAACGUUCAGCCCGAUCAAGUUCGGGCUGCUGAGCGGCAAGUACGACGACAGCCCAGACAAGCCGCCGGCCGGGUCGAGGUUUGCCAAGGGCGACGACAAGUUUGUCAGCUCCGUCCGCGACUCGUUUGCGAAUGCCGAGUGGCAGGACACGAUUGCAAAGGCGAAGCAGCUGAAGCCGAUCGCGGACAAGCUGGGAAUCACGCGGGCACAGCUGGCACUGGCAUGGUGCCUGAAGAACGAGAACGUGUCGGCCGUCAUCACGGGCGCUUCGAGACCAGAGCAGGUGGUGGAGAACUGUGCAGCCCUCAAGGCACUGGACAAGCUGACGCCAGAGGUGAUGGCUGAGAUUGACGACAUUGUUGAUGAGCACCAUGCCGCCAUGGCACCCAAACAGAAGACCUUCGAGCUGAUCCCAGACCUGCCUGGUCUCGCUCAAGCACAACAACGACCCGCUGAUGCCGCCGCUGCUGUUCAGAGCAGACCACCCAUGACCACUAAGCAGGCAAAGAAGCUCUACCGGCAGAAGAGCAAGGGCCCCAAACUCUCAAAGGCUGAACAACGGCGCAUCGACCUCAUGGAACAAGACCGCAUACGCAAGGAGUUCGAGAAGGAUAAGGCCCAGGCAAGGGCACGGACUGCACGGGACAAGAAGAAGGCAAAGGAGGACAAGGAAAAAGACGAGAAGAGGAAAAGGGGUCUGCCGCUAGUCGAUGUCCACCCCAGUCAGGACACAAUCUCGAGGUUCAUCAGCAGGCUGGGCUUCGGGGGCAAGAACAACGCCCACUUGGAGACGGUCCAGGAAGCCGACUCGGAGUCCGCAACGGAGGUCGAAUCCGAUGCCGACUUCCAGAACGAGCCGUGCGAGGAGCGGGAAGGAUACCACGUCCAAGAUCACAACAGGAAAGCGCAGGGCAAGGAGAAUGAAGACCCGGCGGACAACAUCGGAGACUCGGCGGCCAGACCAGCCAAGCGACGGAAGCUCGGCCAGCCAAGCAGGAACUUGCUCGACAGGAUGAUACAUAUUCCUUCCCAGCGAUCAGUCGGGGCCGUCGCAAGGGUUGCUCAGGAAAUGGAGAUGGAGUCCUGGUCACGGCCAAGCAGCGUCGACACCGAUGAUCCCGCCACCGAGGCCAUGCUGGAGGAUCAGCUCAUAGCAGACGUCGAACUGGCCUCCUCCAAGAUCGACGAUGUCUUCAAGAAGCCGGCCUCACCGUUCCGCCUUCAGGGGUCCAACAAAGGGCCUCCGCCUUCUCGACCGACCUUACAGCAGAACGCAUCGUCCCCGCAAAAGCGAAGCGGCAAGCACGACGCUGCUGGUCGGGGUCAGUCGAAUGAAGGCUUUGACAAUCGCCCGCCGUCCCUGCAUUGCUCCCACUCGGCAGCCAAACAUUCACAAGCAAACUCACCCCCGGAUGGUGGCAGUGCCGCACAUCGGUCCCAGAAGGGCUCUGCCGUGCCACCGGCGUCGCCUCCGAAGAAGCGGAUGUUUGGCUCCAGUGGACCGGGCGGUGAAGUCCUCGUUGCCAUGGAGCGCAGCUACAAACAGAAUUUGGCCGAGGAGCGGCGGCGCAAGGAAGAGCUCCGUGCGCAGGCUAGGAAGACCUCGGCUGAGGAACUUGCUGAACAAGAUCUUUCCGAGAUUCUUGAGGAUGACCUUUUUGACGAAAUUGGCCCUGGGGCUGUCCCGUCAGGAAAUCCCCAUGGAUCUCCCGACGAACACGCCAGCGGUGACAGGUCCCCGGCUACCUCAAGACAACGCAGUCCCAUUGGGAUGGGCACAAAUGCAGGGCCCAAUGCCGUAGGCAAGGCAUCAGAGACCCGGGCGGAGCCGGUGGCUUCGCAGGAGACAGAUUACGGAGACUUUGACUUUGAUGCCGGGGCAGAGCUCGACAUGCUGGCCGAUAUUACGUGGGCCGACGAUGACUUGAGCGACAUAUGA